CAAGUAUAUAAUUCAGCUCAAGGGGUCUCAGCAGCUUACCUGAAGACUGACCAGCCAAAACAGACGUGCAAGGUAUCGCAGCAGAGAAAGCAGGAUGAUGGAAGAAAAAGGAAGAGAGAAUGGAGUGGCAGCCAUGAAAGCCUGCUACCGGAGAUUUGAUCCUGCUGCGUAUCUACAGUACAACUACACUCCACCACGGGCUGACUUCACAAGAAAAGACAGUAUUGUGCCGUGGAAACUGGCAUGCCUGCACAGAGCUUUUACUGAAGGUGAUAUGAGUGGUGAGCUCCUCGUGGACAUAGGUUCAGGUCCCACCUUGUACCAGGUGAUGAGUGGCUGUGAGGUUUUUAGUAAAGUGCUCCUGACAGACUUCCUGGAGGUGAACCGGCAGGAGCUGAGGCGCUGGCUGCAGGAUGAGGGACAAUGCAGUCUUGACUGGACACCAUACCUACAGCACGUCUGCAAACUGGAGGGACGACGGCCCUCAGCGUGGACUGAGAAAGCUGCAAAGUUACGUCAGGUCAUCGCGGACAUCCUCCCCAUUGACGUGCACUGCUCUCAGCCCCUGGCUCCUGACGCCCUUCCUUUGGCAGGGGCCGACUGUCUGGUGUCCUGCUUCUGCCUGGAGAGUGUCAGCCCUGACCUCGCUGCCUUCACCAGGGCCCUUGGCCACAUCGGGAAGCUCCUGCGCCCUGGUGGUCACCUCAUGCUCAUCGGAGCCCUCGGGGAGAGUUAUUAUUUUGCGGGGCCUGGGGUGAGGAUCCCAGUGGUCCCGCUGAAUGAGGCCCAGGUCUGUACUAGUUUGAAGGAGAGUGGAUACACUCUGAUCCGACUGGAGGUUUACACACUGACUCAGGAUAUGAGGGUGGGGGUUGAUGAUGUGACUGGAGUGUUUUUUGUAAAGGCAAAGAAGGAUUAACAAGGGAGAAAGUAAACAAGUGAGAGAAAAGCAAGGAAGGCAGAUAAAAAAAAAUCUCAAAGAAGAAAUUAAAUAAGUCACUAUUCAGACGGAAAUAAUAUAGAUUAAGCCUGGGUAAAUGUUUAGCAGUUAUUUAGAAAGUGGAUUGCUGAUAAUGCUGAGAAUAAAAUGCACACAUAUUUCUGUUUUGAGUUAGAGCCUGUGCUUUAGUCAUUUUAAGGUAUUCCAGUUUCCACACGAAUGACAUGUUUCACUUUAUUCCACCACAUUUUGUCGCAUUUUCAUCAUGUUACUCUGGACCUCCGUCUGUCUUUCUAAGAGGGAAAGUAAAUGAGAGACUAUUUUGCUGCAGAAGCACUUAUUGGUUUAGUAAAGGCAGCCACCUCCUGCAGUUUCUACAGCAUCAAGAAUGUAAACAUUAGUCCUACAGUAGGCAUAUCACAUAAAAUCCCCACAGGAAUUACCCAGCCGUAUGUAAACAGCAUGUGCUUAUCUUCGUUCAGCUGCUAAUUAUUCAAAAGGUUGAGAUGAUUUUUGAUUGUAUGAAUAAAAAUGCAAUGCUUAUUUAUUUUUCUUGGUACUAUGUGCUAUUUUAGGGAAUCAUUUUAUAUUGCCAUCUAGAAACGUCUUUGUGUAAUUAGAAGGAUUGAACACAAGGUGUCGCUACUUGAUCAUCUUGAGUUGCUCCUCAAAUCUCAUCACAGGCCUUAACACAUCUCUUUAGUAAAGAGAUAUCAUUGUUGUUGUUAUUAUUAUUAUUAUUAUUAUUAUUAUUGCUGCAAAACGGUUACUAAUUGUACUCUAAAUUAAUUACAAUGUGUAAAGACACUAUUAAUAGCUUAUUUUGUGUUCCCCUAACAUUAAAA